CUCUAAUACUAGAUGGAGGACCCAAUUAAUCAAGAGUUUGGUUAGUUCAGUGCGUUAUAAAUGGAAAACACUUAAUUGAAAUCCUCAUAACUGUAGCUAUUCAGGAAGUGUUAACUUUUGUUAUUUUUAACUGCAUGUUUUGAUUUUAGAUUUUGACGUUUAACGUUUAACUAUUAUCCAAUUUUGGAUUUUUUCAAUGCUUAUUUUUAACCAAAAACUCUUGGUAAACGUAUGUAAGUUCUUUUUAAGAAUAUCAACUUGGUAAUUUUCCUUAAUGAAUGAAGCAAUGUUACAAGGAAGUACGUUGUGCAUAGCUGUUUUCCGUCCUUUCUGCUUCAUCGUGCAAUAACGGAAAACUAAUCUGUCGACAUUUUUUACGUGCUCUUUAAAACAAUGCCGAAAGUGGUAAGUUCUGCUGGUUUUAUAAGACGUUGUUGUUAAUAACUCAAGCUUGAGAAAAUAAAAAAAAAGUCUUAUUGUUACUAGAACGGAUGUGGAAACAACAUUGUAAGAUUAAUUUGACCAAGUGUCCUUGUUCGCGUCAUAAUUAUGGAAGAUUCUGUCAAAGAAUCCAAGUUGUUUUGGAACCAGCAAGCAGCCAUUGAGUCUCAAAAACACAUUGAGUUUCGCUAUCAAUAUGGGGAGGGUCCAUGCAAUGUGUUUAUAUUAGACACGUCUUCCAGUCUUGGGGAACACGGUUUCAUGCAGAUGAAGGAAGCGUUUUUGUCCAUUAUUGAUGAAUAUGCAAAGCACCCGGAAAUGGACGAGAACGUAGCCGUCAUUGCGUGUGGACGAGAAACCAAGUUUACACGUUAUUUUUCAAACCAUUAUGAAGAUAUCAAACAUUGUUUAGAUGAUCUUCACUUUGGAGGAUCGUCCCCACUAACUGCUGCAUUUUUAUUGUCCAAAGGAUGUUUCGUGAAUGGUGCAAGCCACACACGCAGGGUUGGAGAUUUAUACAUUCAUCCAAGGUUAAUUCUCAUAUCGGAUGGUAGACCAACAGAUUUUACCUCUUUUUCUUCCUCGAAUGACCAUUCAGCAUUGGAAUCUGACGAAAAUAAGGAUUAUUUACUACAGUGUACCAGAGAUUUGGGAAAACUUCAGCCUAUAUUUUGUAUUCCAGUCGGUAGAAAUCCUGAUUGGACGGUGUUAGAAUUUAUCUGCAACCAGUCACGCGGAGGGAAAAUAGUUCAUUCUUAUGAAGCCAGGCAGUUUGCCAAAUUAUCUCAAAACAUGAAAAUAGCGUCUAGGCUGUCAUAUACAAUGAUGAAUGACGGGAACGAUAGAGAGCGUGUUAUGACGUCACUGGUGUGUACAUUUCCUGAUGAAGAAUUUACAGAAAUGGAUCAAGAUGAUAUAUUUGAAGUAUGCUUGAAAAAAUCCUUAUAUCGACCCGUCGAUCGUAUAGAAGCGGAGGGUGGGGAGGACUUGAAUAGGUUUGAAGAAAGAAACCCCCAGAUGCCUCCUUUAGGUGCAAGGGUCAAACGUGGGCGGGACUGGGUUUGGGAUGACCAGGAUAGUCUCGGACCUGGAACAGUUAUAGGGCAUUGCAAAAACAUGGGCUGGUUGACGGUGGAGUGGGAUACUGGCUCCCGAAAUAUUUACCGCUAUGGAACAACAUGUUUGGAGAGUGAUGUGUAUGAUGUUCAGGUAUGCAAUGAACCUCGAAUUUUGAGGAACGAACCUAUAUCAACAGGCUGCCAAGUCCACAGAGGCCCAGACUGGGAAUUGAAAAAUCAAGAUGGUGGUACCGGAAGUAUUGGAUCUGUUGUGACAGUAGUAGAAAAUGGAGAUAUUCUGGUACGAUGGCAGAAUGGUUUUUUGGGUCAGUAUAGAUUUGGUAGAAAUGGAAAAUUUGACCUUAGGAUUUGCGAUCCCUUUUCACCGGAAGCGGUUAGACACCGAUGGGAACUGAUGAGGACGCCGCCUGCGAUGAACUAUACAUCCGGAGCUCAGGCAAGCCCCAAUGAAGAUUUUGAAAAGGCAUUGGAUUCAUCAGAAACAUCAAAUAAUAAGACUUCUCCGAUAACAACGACGAAUCCGAUCUUGCAUGUAACUAAAGGAAAGUACUUCCGAAACCACUCAUUGUCAUCCGAUAUUGAAACAGACGGUCCCAGUUUUUCAUGUGCCCUUGGACAAUGGUUUUGGAAAGAUGGCACAGGAAAAUGGAACCCAUAUUGUAGAGAAACAAACACCAAAAUUAACAAAUGUUAUAAACGUGAUCCCAAGUCAACUGCGAUUGUCACGGUCCAAAACCAAACUUACAGAGUUGUAAUGGCCAAAAACAUACAGAUACACGUGGUAACUAGAGAGAAGUCUGAGGUAAAAUUAGUGAAAAAAUGAAUUCAGUGCGUGAUAACAAAUGUGGCUCUGAUAAUAAAAUAGGAUAAAUUGUUGAUCCUGUCUGUUAUAGAUGGACCUACUAUUAUUUGAUAUCAGUGUUGAAAAUAAACGAAUGAACUUUAAGAGCAUUUGCUUGUUGUUUUCUGAUUAAAAAAUAUUAAUAUUGAACCCAGCUUGUUCGAAACCACACCCAAUCUCACAAACGAUAACGGACCGAGGACCAGCUAAAUGACCGUAUCGUGAUUUCAUGAGUGAAUUAAAACGUAUUCGGAAUGGCUCACUAAUAUUUUCAAAGACAAUCUGAAACUGUGAAAAAUUAUCUUCUCGUUAUUUUCAAAAUAAUGGAAUUGAGAAAAGUGUUUUAUUAAUAAAUGCGAAAUUUGCAGUUUUUGCGAGAAUUCCAUACGAGGUGCAUAGUUUGUAGAAGGAACACUGUAACUUUUAUAAUUUAUUAAUUUUUCCUUG